UCUUACAAGGCACCACAGUCUCUCUGCCACCCAUUCUCUUUGUGCUGCAAAUAUGUGAACAUUGUGAAGGUCGAAGUUUCAUGUGUAAUCCACCUCAAGCUCAAAAAAUUAUCAAAGAGGGUGCAAAUGGCCAUGAAGAUUGCAGCAAUAGCAGAUGGUUAGUACCAAAUCAAUCCUAGCUUUUUGGCUUUUCGAAACAAUAUAUUGUCAAGAUGUUUAAGCCCAUCAGAGUUCUCUCAUAGAGUGCGCUACGUUGCUUUUUCCUCCUCCAAAACAUGAAGCAAAAAAUUAUUAUCCGAGUGCAAAUGACCUGUGAAAAAUGCAGAAUCAAGGCCAUGAAGAUUGCUAGCAACACUAAUGGUGUGAUCUCAGUGGCAGUAGAAGGGUCUGAUAAAGAUCAAUUGGUGGUGAUUGGCGAAGGUGUGGACUCCGCUAACUUGACCAGCUCGUUGAGGAAGCAGCUUUCCAAUGGUGCCGCCAUUUUGAGCGUUGAAGAAGUGAAGGAGAAAGAAAAGCCGGCGGAAGAGAAGGAAAAGCCAAAGGAGGAUAAGAAUCCAAAUAAUCCUGAAGAACAUGCGCUAGUGUUCCAUCAAUAUCCACCAGUUCCCAUGUUCUGUGAAGUAGCCUAUGAUCCUGAUCCAAGUUUCUGCUCCAUCAUGUGAUCUAUGAGCUGAGAAUUUUGCUCUGUUUGUUUUUUGUUUAAACAAUCAUGUAUGCUGAGGAAUUUGAUGCUUCAGUGUGAAGGGAAUAGAUAAUUUCGCCAUCUUUUUGUUUCAUGUAUGUAAUGUCCUGAUUGUUGCAAUAUGGACUUUCCUAGUAUUCUAAGUAUUGGUUAAACCACUAAUGUGAAAAAACUUCUUUCAUGUCAUAAUCGUAGAGUUAUAAGCUAUGUAAUUAUA